AUGAGAUUGACCUUGGCCAUCGCUCUUCUAUUCGCGACAGCGAAAGCAGCCGAGUAUGUCGUCAACCAGACGACUUGCGGCGGAACAAACUACAAGUACACCGGUCUGGCAGGCUACGGAUCCAUUCCCUCGAAUGCCACCGAUAAAUACGGUGAUACCAUCGGGGGAAUAGGCAGCUCGAUCGCCUUCAAUCAAUCCUCCUGGCGCAAAACCGGACCAGAUGGCUACUCGGGGACCGUCUACGCGACCCCCGAUCGAGGCUGGAACACAAACGGAACUCUCAAUUUCCAAUCCCGUAUUCACAAGUUCGCCAUCGCCCUCAAGCUCGCCCCAGAUGCAACACCCAACAAUCCCUCCAACCCCAACGUGAAUCUCAAAUACCUCGACACAAUCCUUCUCACAGACCCAGAAGGCCACCCCGUCACAGCCCUCGACGCCGACGCAACCGGACACGCCUCUUUCCCAGGCUUUCCACCCCUCCCCGUCGCCACAUACCCAGGCGACGGCUACGGCGGACCCGGACCAGGCGGCAAGCGAGUCUCCAUCGACUCAGAAGGCACAGCCCUGGAUGCGCGCGAUGGCGGGUUCUGGAUUUCCGACGAGUACGGUCCUUACAUCUAUAAAUUCAAUGCCCAGGGCCGCAUGGUUCACGCCAUCCAGCCUCCGGCGGCGUAUCUGCCUCGUCGAAAUGGGACGUUGAGCUUCAAUUCGAAUUCUCCGCCUUUGUAUAGUCCGCAGGCUAGGCCUGUGCCGGUUUAUGCUGAGUCUGGGAGAAAUAAUAAUCAGGGCUUGGAGGGUGUGACUGUUUCGGGGGAUGGGAAGAUGCUUUAUGCACUUUUGCAGAGCUCUUUGAAUCAGGAGGGUGGACCGGAGAAGGUUUACAGAUCGCCUGUUCGGUUGCUUGCUUAUGAUAUUUCGAAUGCGUCGAAUCCUGUCUUUGCGCAUGAGUAUGCGGUCAUGUUGCCCAAGUAUUGGGAUUAUACGGAGAAGGAUGCGUCCAAAGCAUAUGGCGUUGCUAGCCAGUCUGAGGUUCAUCAGUUGCCUUCGGGUGAUUUCUUGGUUCUUUCUCGUGACGCUGGGUUUGGGCGUGGACAGAAGAAUACGAGAUCUGUUUAUCGGCAUGCGGAUGUCUUCUCGCUGAAGGGUAAGAAGCCAGCCACUGAUCUGAGAGGUGAGAAGAACUACGACGAUGCUCAUGGGGCGAUGGCCUCUUCCGAGGGCGUCCUUUUCCCCGGUAUUGCUCCGGCGGAAUACUGUUCGUUCGUGGACUACAAUUUGAAUGCGGAGCUGGGCAAGUUCCGGCUUCACAAUGGUGGUCCUUCAGAUGCGUUCCUUUUGAAUGAGAAGUGGGAGAGCCUUGCUGUUGUUCCCGUUGAUCCUUCUGCUGGUUCCUAUCGGGCUGGUCAGGAGUACUUCUUGUUUAGUUUCAGCGACAAUGAUUUCAUGACACAGGAUGGACACCUGAAUUUCGGCAAGUUUGACUACAAGGAUACAUCUGGCUAUAGCCUUGACACUCAGGUUUUGGCAUUCAAGCUGAAGUUCUAA